AUGGCAAAAAAGACGUUAGCUGAUGAAAUUGCCAAUUUUUAUAAACCUAAAAAUGAUUAUGAUAUAGAAGAUUUUGAUUCAGGUAGAUCUCAAAAGGAUUUAUUUCAACAUAAUGAUGAAGAAGAUGAUGAGGAAUUGAAUUCAGAAAAUGAAGUAUCAGAUGAAGAAUUAAAAAAUCAACAUUAUGUUGAAUCACUGAAAUCAAAGUUGAGAGAUCAACAAAAUUUAAAUUUAGGGGAAAAAUAUACUGGUGAUGUAAUAAGUAGAGAUCAAUUAUAUGAUGAGUCUGGUGAUGAAGAAGAAAGCGAAGAAGAAGAAUUGGAAGAAGAACAUGAAGACGAUGAUGAUGAAGAACAAGAAGAAGAACCAGAAAUAGAAGACGAAAGUGCUGAUGAUGAAGAGGAAGAUUUAGACUCAAAAUUAUCUCAAGAAUCACAAGAUGAAGAAUCAGAAGAAGAUUUCGAUGAACCCACAAAAUCUUUGUCAUCACAUAAAAAUAAUAUAGUAAAACAAUUAUUAGCCAAAGAGAAAACUCAUAUAAUAAACAGAUUAUCACAAUCAACUGUGAAUGACGUAUUAAAAGGUUAUUCAGUACAACAACAAUAUAAAACUUAUGAAAAAUUAGUGGAAUUAAGAAUAAAAUUUCAAAAGUCAAUAACUAGUAUAAAUCAGUUACCAAUAAAUUCUAAGACAUACUACGAAAAUAAAUCUAAAGAUAGUGAUGAAUUAUUAGAAGAUGCAAAAUUUCAAACUCUAGAAUUAUUGAAAAAUAUAUUAAUUUUAAGAUCAAAAUUAGAAAAAACUACCAUUAAACAACCUAAAAAGAGAACAUACGAAGCAUACUCAAAAACCACUGAAUCUGCAGAUUCGAAUUUAAAUGCUCAAAGAGCUUUAGUACUUAACAAGUGGUCAUCAAAAAUACAAAAUUCUUCUGGUAAUUCAGCUAUAAAUAAUAAUAAAUUUAAAUCCAUUAACCAAUCUUUCGAACAACAAGUUAAAAAUAAUUUAUCAGAUAUAGAUAGAUUAGUGAAAAGAACUAAAUUGAAUAGAAGACAAGUCACUCCAUUGGGGUAUUCAGAUGAAGCACCAACAAAUGAAGAAGAACAAAACAAUGAUGAUAUACCACAAGAAAACAAUAUACGUAAAAAGUCUCAUGGACAAGAAAAUCAAUUUAUAUUCGAUGAUGAAGAUUUUUACAGAAUUUUAUUGAACGAUUUAGUCGACAAAAAAAUCCAAUCAUCAGAAUCAUCAACCACUUCAAAUAUAAAUAUGAUAAAAUCAGUUCAAAGAUCAAAUAAAUUGAAAAACAACAUAGACACAAAAGCUUCAAAGGGAAGAAAAUUAAGGUAUCAUAUUCAAGAUCAAAUUGCAAAUUUUGAAACUUCCACUGGUGGUUGGAAAUGGAAUGAUGAUCAAAUCGAUGAAUUUUUUGCUUCGUUAUUAGGUCAAAAAGUUAAUAUGAAUGAAGAUGAUGAUGCAGAUGAAAAUGAAGAAGUUGAAGAAGAGAAUAUUGAAAGUAAUGGUAUACGACUCUUUGGAUAA